AAUUAAGCUGGCUUACUGCUAACAAAAUUUUGCUGCAUUUUAAAAUAUCAUCUGCCCAUUUGUUGUUUAUUAAUGGUUGUGAGGUUACUUAUGGAGUUAUUAGGGCGGUGGGAAAAUUUUUACUUAAGCGCACGCAUUUGUACAGGCUUAAAUUUAAGAUACUGUGUUUCCAUGUGAAUGAUAAAUACUCAACUAUUAUAUAUAGUAAACUUCCAAUCGCUGUUUUUUUCGUAUUGUCGAAAUUACGAAGGCUUUUCUUACAAGGUGUCCGUUUUUACAUUGUCUGUGUCUAUAUAUUUACUUAAUGUCAAGUUUUACAAAGGUGUACUUGAUGUUCCUGUUGCAGUUUAUCUGAAUGAUUCUUUUAGAUGAUAGCAGUUUGUGCUAAAUCUUUUUCUUCGCUAGCUGGAAAUUUUAAGAAAAUUAAGAUAACUUUGUUAUGUGGAGGAGGAGCAGUGUUUUAUAAAAGACAUUUUUCUGCAGUGAACACUAACUUUACAGAACAUUUAACAAGAUUUAAUGGGGUUUAUGUGACUGUUCAAGAUCAAGAACAAGAUGCUACCACUUUUAAAGACGAUUUACAAAGUGCGUUAAAACGAUGGAAGAAUGAUCAACGAAGCAGUGUACUACUUCAGGUUCCAAUAUCACAAAGUCAUCUAAUAAGGGUAGCAUCCCAAAAUGGAUUUAUAUAUCAUCAUGCACGAAAUAAUAUAGCAGUUCUGAGUUUAUGGUUGGUCGAAAACACAGAUUCAAAGAUUCCAUUGUUUGCCAAUCAUCAGGUGGGCGUGGCAGGUGCUUGCUUCAAUAGCGACAAGAACGAAUUGUUAGUAGUUCGUGAUAAGGGAAGAUAUUCAAAUUGGUGGAAAUUUCCCGGCGGUUUUUCUGACCUAGGAGAAUUUGUUGGUGAAACUGCUGUGAGAGAAGUUUACGAAGAGACUGGUAUCGAAGCUGAGUUCAAAUCGGUUCUCAGUUUGCGACAAAUGCACGACACAAUCCAUGGACAGUCGGAUUUUUACUUCAUAUGUCGUUUGCAGCCAUUAUCAUUUUUAAUCAAUCCUUGUCCAGAUGAAAUAGACGCGUGUGAGUGGAUGAGCGUAGACAAACUUUCUAAAAUGAAUGACGCAACUCCGUUCGUGAAGUUAGUAUGUAAGUUAAUUUUAAAAGGAAGUGAACAAGGAUUCGAACAUGUGGACAUUACAAAUAAUACUUUACAACAUUGGAUAUUUAAAAAGAAACAAAUGUCUCUCUAUCAUCGACCAUUGAUAUGAGAAUAAAAAUAUUUAGACUUCAUAUUUUAAUUAUUGUAAAUUUAUUUUUAAUUCUUAUAAAUUGCUGCAAAUAAAAUGACUAAAUGGAAA